ACACACAGGACUGAGGAGGAGUUGAGGAGCUGUUUUGUGUCUCCUCUUCACACACAGAGACACACACACAGAGACACACACACAGAGACACACACACAGAGACACACACACACACACACAGAGACGCUGUUCAGAUCUUCACUCCGUCAUUCAUCACUCGUUCAUCAGAGAGGAUGUGUGUGUGCACGACUCGUCCUCUGCUGCUCUCAGCUGUGCUGCUGAUGUCAUGGUGGUGCGUUCAGGGCCUGCGUGUAGACGUGAUUCCCAGGAGGCCUCUGUUGAAACUCGGGGAGCGAGGGCAGGUGAUGUGUCAGGUUCAGGACUGUCCCGGGAUGCCAAGCGUGUCGUGGUCUCUGCUGGGGGACCGGCCCCUCACCGCCUCCGUCAGCACCAACAGGACGCACUCUGUGGUGACCUUUGACCCCGUGAUGAUGGAGCACGAGGGGGCGCUGCUCUGUAAAGUGGGCUGUGGAGGAGAAAACAGGCAGAGUAAAACCUCAGUGAGAGUUUACUCCUUCCCAUCAGCCCCUGUGAUCAGAGGUCAGGACCGCCUGAAGCUGGGGGCGGAGUCUAUCCUCACCUGUCAGGUGUCUGAAGUUUACCCCCCUGAGCUGCUGACCCUCACCUGGCUCAGAGGAGACGCCGUCAUGCAAAGCAUUGUGGGAGAUCCGGGAUCCAACCUGGUCCAGUCAGAGUACAGGUUCAUCCCUCAGGACCAGGACUCAGGUGGGACCCUCACCUGUCAUGCCAUGCUGGACCUGCAGGACCUGCCCCCACCCAACCGGACCAGAGACUCCACCGCCAGGCUGAACCUUCUCUAUGCUCCUGUCGUCAUGGUAACCAAGGACUCUGUGUUGGCGAUGGCCGGCUCUCACCUCACUCUCAACUGUACAGCGGGGGGAAACCCUGAGCCCUCUCUCACCUGGACCUUCAGCAUGCCACAUGGGGGGACAGAGGUCAAGGGUCAAAGCCAACAGCUGGUCCUGGACCCGGUGAGUCUGUCUGAGUCCGGAUGGUACAACUGUGAGGCCCGAAACACAGAGGGAAACCAGACGGCUGCUGUGGAGGUCAAAGUUCACGCCCCGCCCACCAACACCUCCCUCUCAGUGAGUCCAGGUGAGGAGGUCGUGGAAGGUCAACAGGUGACGUUUACCUGUCGCUCAGAGGGAGCUCCGCCCCCCAUGCUGGUGUUGAGGAGAGAAGGGGUGGAGCUUAAGAGGAGUGACUCCGCCGCCUCCUCGCUGUCCUUCAGCCUCUCCCCCGCUCAGCUCGGAGACUCCGCCCAUUACCAGUGUGAAUCCACCAACCAGUACGGAUCUGAGCGGGUCAGCGGCUCGCUCACAGUCAAAGCUCACCCUCUGCAGGUGGAGCUGGGGGGUCCGCUCCCUGCAGAAGAGCGGGGUUCAGGUCUGGUCCUCUCCUGCAGAGCCUCUGGGUGUCUCGACCCCCCCACCCUCACCUGGAGGAGGACAGGAGAGGAGGGCGCAGUCCUCCAGAGGACGCAGCAGCAGGACUCGCUGUCCCUGCUCCACCUGCAGGACCUGGACCUCCAGGACCGAGGAGGAUACACCUGUGAGGCCCUGUGUGACUCUAUGAUCAGGACCGCAGACACCUGGGUCCAGGUCUACUCUUUUCCCUCUGAUCCGGUUCUAAAGGGUCCUGGUCCUGUGCUGCUGGGUCAGGAGGCAGUCCUUAGUUGUGAUGUCAUCAACGUCUUCUCAGCCAAUCAGAUGAGGAUCCUGUGGCUGUUGGGGAACAGAACGCUGACGUCAGAGUCCUUCACGUUCUCCGGUUCCUUACAGAACGUCUCAUUGGCUCUUCAGCAGAAGGUCACGGAGGAACAGCAGCUUCUGACAUGCAGGGCGGAGCUUCUGACAGAGGGCGGGGACGAGUGGAGGUCAAGGACGAGUGACAUCCACCUGCAGGUCCACUAUCCUCCGAGGAGAACCUCCCUCUCAGUGAGUCCAGGUCAGGAGGUCGUGGAGGGUCAACAGGUGACGUUUACCUGUCGCUCAGAAGGAGUUCCGCCCACCACGCUGGUGAUGAGGAGAGAAGGGGUGGAGCUUAAGAGUAGUGACCCCGCCUCCUCCUCCCUGUCCUUCAGCCUUUCCUCCGCUCAGCUGGAAGACUCCGCCCAUUACCAGUGUGAAUCCACCAACCAGUACGGAUCUGAGCGGGUCAGCAGCUCGCUCACAGUCAAAGCUCCUCCCAGGAACACCACGGUUCUCAUCCUGCCGUCUACGGUGGUCCAGGAGGGACAAAACGUCACCGUUUGCUGUCAGACCGUCAGUUUCCCUCCAUCAGCCGUCAUCCUGAAGAAGCUGACCAAUGGGACGGAGCUGUAUUCCCAAAAUGGGACCUUUCUAUUGGUCAACGUCACAGCCAGAGAUUCGGGGGUUUAUCAAGUCAACGUGACCAACGACCUCGGCUACCAGGUCAAAGAGUUCAGCAUCAGCGUCACAGAGAGAAGAACCAACCUUCCUCCUAGACUUAGUGCCGUCAUCGUCCCGGUUGUCUGCGUAGCCGCUGGGCUAGCAGUUUCCGCUCUGAUGCUCGACUACCUGAGGAGGUCCAGGAAGAAGGGCUUCUAUCAGCUGCCCCAGUCUGCUCCGCCUUCAGCCUGAGGCUCACACUGGACCUCUGUGGCUACUGACUUCAACAUGUGGCUACUGACUUCAACAUGUGGCUAAUGACUUCAACAUGUGGCUAAUGACUUCAACAUGUGGCUUAUGACUUCAACAUGUGGCUAAUGACUUCAACAUGUGGCUAAUGACUUCAACAUGUGGCUACUGACUACAACAUGUGCAAUCCGUGCGGCUACCGUUCUCACAUGCAGCUUUCAUGUCUGAUAUGUGGCUCCAACAUACCAACACAACUUCAUGUGUAGCUAGCGUGUCCUGACUUAUUGACAUUUUGUCACUACGUCCAAGCUCUUGGUUUCUAAUUUGCAAAAUGUGACUAUAACUUUUUAUUAAGGUUGUUUAAAUGUUUGAUACUUGGAUA